CGAAACUCUCUCCCAUUGCGCGUUUGACCGUCGGCCAGCAUGGCUUCAAACAUACUUCAGAUCCCGUUUCGGCGCUCUCACACCGUUUUAUUGUCAGAUGCCAUCACUCAAUAUAUCUCAACCAAGUAUGACCAGCGUCCAGAUAUGUUCGCAGACGAUCUCUUGAUCAUAGACCGUCUGCGAAACGAAGCGAUUCAUGUUCAGGAGCCACAUGUGAGCGGGAUCAGCCGGCUGGUCACGUAUGCUGCACAGUUGAAAUGGCUCGGUGGAAAGUUUCCAGUUGAUAUUGGAGUCGAAUUUCCGUGGUACCCUGCGCUUGGUUUCAAUACCUCAAGGCCGAGCUCGCAGAACAAUAUCCGAUUCGAACUUGCGAAUGUCCUCUUUAAUCUGGUAGCAUUAUACUCGCAACUAGCAUUCUCAGUGAACCGGACCACACCCGACGGACUUAAACAGGCAUGCAACUACUUUUGUCACGCCGCUGGGGUUUUGGUCCAUCUCCGAACGGAUAUUCUUCCUGAUCUUCGCACCUCUCCCCCGGAGGAUAUGGAUGAUAUGACGCUACAGAGUCUAGAACAGCUUCUUCUGGCACAGGGACAGGAGUGCUUCUGGCAGAAGGCCGUCAAAGAUGGGCUGAAAGAUGCGUCCAUUGCUCGGUUGGCGGCCAAGGUCUCCGACUUCUACGCAGAAGGAGGUGACUAUGCGGUCAAAUCAAAUGCCAUCAGCCCUGAAUGGAUUCACCAUAUGACAGCCAAGCACCAUCAUUUUGCUGCCGCUGCGCAGUAUCGCCAGUCAUUGGACUGUUUGGAGAAGCGAAAGUACGGCGAAGAGGUCGCCCGUCUUCGGGACAGCGAGAUCUGUGUCAGUGAGGCCUUGAAGGAAUCGCGUUGGAUCAACCGCACAGUACUUGGAGACUUGCAAGGAUUAAAGAACCGUGUGACGGAGGAUUUGAAGCGCGCAGAGAAAGACAACGAUGUGAUCUAUCUUAAUCCUGUGCCGCCAAAAUCAGAACUGAAGAUCAUCGAUCGCGCGUGUAUGGUUGCGGCAAAGGCACCAUCCCAGGUGACUGACGCUAUCUCCAUGCUGGGAGACAAUGGGCCUUUGGGCCAACCAUUGUUUUCUAAGCUAGUUCCAUAUGCUGUCCAUAUCGCCGCCAGUAUUUACUCCGAUCGCCGGGACAGGCUUGUUAACGAGACAAUCAUCGGGGAGCUGGAGACGAUGACGGACAAACUACGGGAUUUAUUAUCAUCUUUAAAUCUUCCAGGCUCCUUGCAGGCUCUUGAGAAGCCUCUUGGACUGCCUCCCACUUUGGUUUCUCAUGCAGAAGAGAUGCGCCAGCAAGAUAGUUUGAACCGGUUGCGCAGGUCGCUUGAGGACACAUACCGGGUGAAAGCCAAUGACAAAGCUGUAUACAACGAGGGCGUUGAACUACUCGCGGCAGAAAAGGCGGAGGACAACGCUUCGCGCCGGAAAUACGGAACUGACAGAUGGGCUAGAGAGCCGUCUGACGCAGCGGCGCCGAAGCUGUACACCACUUCUCGGGAGAUUGAUGGCUACUUUUCAUCAGCUCAAAGCAGCGACAACCUGGUGGAACAGAAGCUGAGAGACUCGGAGGCGGUGUUCCGCGUCUUGACUGGUACUAAUCGAGACUUGGAGAUGUACGUGCCUAGCAGCCGAAGGGCGGCGAUCCCGCCAGAGGUUGAGCGGGAAUCAAUUCGGCUACGGGGUUGCUUGAGCGAAGUAAGUCGGCUGGAGAACCGACGGAAACGCCGAGCUCAAGCCUUGAAGGAUAAAGCUAGAUCGGAUGAUAUCAGCAAAGCUCUUCUCAAGGAAGCUGCACGCUUGGAGCGAGAGCUUCCCAUGCAAGCGAUCCAGGCGAGUCAAUUCGAAGAUCUGUUCGAGGAGCAGUUGCAUUUGUAUGAUACGGAUAUAGAUAUGGUGGCCCAGGAGCAGCACGAGCAAGACCAGAUCGCUGCGCAGGUACGGGAGGCCAAUCGGGCAUUUACCCGGGCGCACACGGGCGAUGCGUCGACGAAGGAACGGGAGAAGGCCUUACAGGAGCUGGAGAAUGGAUAUUUGAAAUACAAGGAGAUUAUCUCUAACAUCGAGGUUGGGCGGAAAUUCUACAAUGAUCUGGCUAAGAUUGUUGGCCGAUUCCGGGAUGAUUGCAAAGCAUUUGUGCAUCAGCGCAGGAUGGAGGCGAGCCAGAUAGAAGGAGAGAUAACCAGUGUUGCGGCGAUGGCCUCGCUCAACCUCUCUCAACCGCAUCUGCGCCAAUAUAGCCAGCAGCCGGUUCAACCUGUUCAAUCAGUUCAGCAACCGACUCAACCUCCAUCGCAACCGGUCCAGCACCAACCACCAAGGGCUGAACCAUUAACAGCACCCCAGCCGACGCGGGCGAAUACCAGGCCCUCCAUGGCGCCAGGCGUGUGGUCGCCCGAGAUGGGGAUCCGAUUCGGAGCGCAGGGGACAUGGGAUCCAAGCAAGGGAGUGAAGUUUUCCUAAUAUAUACUUGCACUAUCCACACUUAUAGAGUUCG